UUGUGCAACCACUGCUUUAAAUCAUUUCCUUAAAUAGCAGAUCAUCUCCCGGAUUGAGGGGUUUAUGAGGAUGACUAUAAGAGUUUCUCCGGCUUAUUUUAGACUCAUGUCAGCGGGACACUGCAGCGGGAUGCUAGAUGCAGUUUCUCAUCGGAUCUCAUCAGGUUGAAUCUUCUGUGCUGCCAUCUGAGAGGACAGAGACUACUACAGCAAAGAAAAACAUUGUGGAGCGAUAAAAAUAUUUGCAUGGAUUGUGAACAAUGUGAAAGUGUCACAGCGGUCACAGAAGAGACCCUGAAAACAAAAGACAACGAAAAACAAGAUGAAACUGAAGUGAUCCAGUGUAAGACAGUCUGGACGCCCAGUGUGCUGUCCAGCAUUGGAAAGGAGAUUCACUCUUUCGCCGGUCAUGAGAUCAACAUCUGGGAAUCUCUCGAUUCCUUCGGUUCCAUCAUCUGGCCGGCAGCUCUGGCUCUGUGUCGCUACCUGGAGUGUAAUCGAGAGAUCGUGGAUCUUCAUGACAAGGUGGUGUUGGAGAUCGGCGCCGGGACUGGUCUUGUGUCCAUUGUGUCCAGUCUAUUGGGUGCUUGGGUGACAGCGACUGACCUCCCUGAGGUCCUCGGGAACUUGAGAAGCAACUUGUCUCGGAACACAAAAGGCCGUUCCAGAUACACGCCACUAGCGGCCGAGCUCUUUUGGGGUUGUAAGCUCGACAAGAGCUUUCCUCGCUCCGUCUACAAGUACGAUUAUGUCCUUGCAGCCGAUGUAGUUUAUCAUCACGACUUCCUACCAGAAUUACUGGUCACCAUGAGGCACUUCUGCCAGCCGGGCACGACUCUCAUCUGGGCCAACAGGGUGCGCUUCCAAUCCGACCUGGUGUUCACGGAGAACUUCAGGAAAACAUUCAACACCAGCCUGCUGGAGGAUAACGGAGAAAUAAAGAUUUAUUCAGCCAAUGUGAAAGAAGAACAUGUAGAAGUGAGGGAGGAGGGUGUGAAGACGGAGAAUGAGACGGGCGCGGAAGAGUCGAAGAAUUUAAAAGAAUUUAAAUUGGAAUCAAAUAUCGUGGAAUUACAGCAGCGGAAAUUAUUGACGGAUGCAGUGCUUGUCGAAGAAAUGAAUGAGGUGGAAAGAAAAGCAGAACUUCAGGAUGAAAAUCAAGAGGAUACAGAAGACGAUGACAUGGAGACACUUAAAGAUGUAAAUAAGGAAACCUUUGAAAUGGAGGAAGAACCUGUGGAAAUUAGAGGUGUAGAUGCUGAUAGAAACUCAGAAUCCCAUUCAACAGAGAAUGACAAACAGCAGGACUAUCCAAGAUCAUGGGCACCCACUAUUUACAACAUACCGGGGAAAGAAAUUUACCAUUUUUUAGGACAGAAAAUCAUAAUCCAGGAGUCCCUUGAUUCUUACGGAGCUACAAUCUGGCCAGCGGCGCUUGCACUUUGUAAACUGUUAGACACGGCGGAGGGUCAACAACAAAUACAUUUAUGUGACAAAUCUGUUCUUGAGCUUGGAGCUGGAACUGGUCUCCUGUCAGCCGUAGUCACGUUGUUAGGUGCCAAACUCACAGCCACGGAUUUACCUGAGAUUUUGGGUAACCUGACAUGCAACCUCAACAGGAACACCAGAGGCCGUCGGCGACAUGAGCCACUGAUAGCUGAACUGUUUUGGGGUCACAAGCUAGAGGAUACCUUCCCCAGAUCCACACAUCAUUACGAUUAUGUGCUGGCUACUGAUGUGGUGUAUCACCAUGACUACCUGCCCGAGCUUCUGCUCACCAUGCGUCACUUCUGCCAGCCGGGAACCACGCUGGUCUGGGCCAAUAAGGUUCGGUUCGCCAGAGAUCUAGGCUUUAUAAAGGACUUUCAGAAUUGUUUUAACAGCACACUGCUCACAGAGAGGGAUGAGGUGAGGAUUUACGUGGCCACCAGCAGGGACACAGAAGAGAGUCAUAAUGGUGACGUCUGGGAAGAUAUCAGAGCGAUUUGACGAGGUUGAAAGCUCACAAAGCAGUUUAGAGGAGAAAUAUGAAGAGAUACAAGACUGUAAAGCAUCCCAUGAUCAAAAGGAAGUUGGCAUUUCAAACAUGAAGGUUUAAUAUCUUAAAGGCGUGGUUCACCCAAAAAUUACGAUUCUCUUAUUGUUUAUUCACCCUCAUGUUGUUUGAAAUGUGUUUAUGACUCUUUCUUCUGUGAAACAAAAAG